GGGUGACGCCUACAACAUACAGUUUACAAUUAAUGGCGAGAGACAUGUUGUGUAUGAUAAGUAUCCACCCACCACAUCACUAAACGAUUACAUCAGAGAUGUUGCUGGACUUAAGGGGACGAAAAUCAUGUGCAAGGAGGCCGGAUGUGGAUGUUGUGCAGUGACCGUGACCUACGCCCCAGGGGGAGAUAAGGCAGAGACCAUGAGCAUUAACUCGUGUCUCUGCCCCCUGUACAGUGUAGACGGCUGGCAGAUCACCACUGUUGAAGGUAUAGGCAGUCAAAAAGAUGGAUUCCACCCAAUCCAGGAGAGGAUUGCCCAGCAUAACGGUACUCAGUGUGGCUACUGUACUCCUGGUUUUGUCAUGUCCAUGUAUGGACUACUCCACCAGAAGCCCCAGCUGAGCCAGCAGGAGAUAGAAGACUCAUUUGAUGGUCACGUAUGCAGGUGUACAGGCUACAGGUCAAUCCUGGAUGCCAUGAAGUCUUUUGCUACAGACUCCACUAUUCCAGGAGCCAGGUGUGUCGACAUUGAGGAUCUUAAUAAACAUCUGUGCCCCAAAACUGGAGAGGUUUGCAAAGGGAAGCAAGAAGGAUGUUCUCAUGGCUUAUCCCUUGACUUGCAUGAAAGCAAAUGGUACAGACCAAACAACCUGCAAGAGCUUGGGAAACUUCUCAUAGAAAAUAGCACCAGGAGCACAAAACUUUUGUUUGGCAACACAUCCACAGGAAUAUUCAAGAAUGAAGGACCUUAUCAGGUUUAUAUUGAUCUUCAUGGUGUGAAAGAGCUUUACCUGUUUAAAGAAAACACAGACAGUGUUGUGUUUGGUGGCAACACCACACUCUCUAAGCUGAAGGACCAUCUGAAGGAGCUGCAACACAAGGCUGGCUUCUCCUACUUCACUGCAGUCAUUCGUCAUCUCAAAGUCAUUGCCAGUGUGCUGGUUAGAAAUGCUGGUUGCAUUGCAGGAAAUUUAAUGAUAAAGAAAAACUAUCAUGAAUUUCCAUCAGAUCUUUUUACUUUGACAGAAGCUAUUGGAGCCAGUGUUGGUAUCUUUGAUGCUAAAGAUGGCAGCACAAAGAAAUACAGCCUGUUGGACUUCUUACAAAAAGUGGACAUGAAGCAAAAAGUCAUAGCUUUUCUUCAACUCCCAAGCUUUAAACAGUCUGAAGUCUUCUGUUCUUUUAAAAUUACUCCAAGAUGGCAGAAUGCUCAUGCAUAUGUAAAUGCUGCAUUUAAGCUUGAAGUUGAGGGCGAAAAGGUUACAGGAACUCCAUCUUUUGUGUAUGGAGGUAUCAGCAACAAUUUGGUUCAUGCUUCCAAAGCUGAAGCAUUUAUUAAAGGGAAGCAACUCGACAACAAAGUCAUUUCAGAAACAUUGAAGGUUAUAUCUGGUGAGCUGAUUCCAGCAGAAGAUGAUCCACUUGCUGCGUCUGCUAAAUACAGACAUGACCUGGCUGUCAAUCUCCUGUAUAAGACACUUUUAGAGGUCUACAAACCAUCAGAUCUGAGAGUUCAAAGUGGAGCUGACAGUAUGGACAGGACUUUGUCCUUUGGGCUACAAACUUUCCAAGAGAAAGCAGAGGAGUUCCCUCUCAAGCAAGCCCUAUCUAAAUUGGAAGCACCUUUACAGACAUCUGGUGAAACUGUUUACACCAAUGAUAUUCCAAGUUUCCGCAGAGAACUUUGUGCAGCUUUUGUCAUUUCUACAGUAGGGUCAGCCACACUUGAACAUGUAGACCCAUCUGAAGCUUUGGUGAUCCCUGGAGUUGUGAGCUACAUCAGUGCUGCUGAUAUUCCAGAGGGUGGCAAGAAUGAUUUCAUGGACUGUUUGAUGUUUCCUGGAGCUCCACAAGAAGAAGUUUUCAUCACAAAAGAAGUCUCAUAUGCUGGCCAAGUUAUUGGACUCAUUCUGGCUGAAAGACAGAGCAUUGCUGUUGAGGCAGCUAAGAAGGUGAAGGUUACUUAUACAAAUGUUCAGGAACCAGUGACAGAACUAGAAGAAGCCAUUGAGAAACAAAUGUUCCAUGAGGGAAAAAGAGAGGAAAAAGUUAUUGGAAGUCCAGAUGAUGCCUUUAAAGACUCAGAGAUUGUUUUGUCAGGUGAAAUCAAAGAAGGCUCACAAUAUUACUUCUACAUAGAAAAUCAGGUGUCAGUAGCAGUUCCAUCUGAAGAUGGUAUUGACCUUUAUGUAGCUUCACAAUGGGCUGGCCAUAAUCACAGAGCUGCAGCUAAUAUCUUAGGCAAGCCAUUAAAUUUCAUCAAUGUGAUCUCAGGUAGAAUUGGAGGUGGAUUUGGAGGCAAAUUUUUCUACUCCUGCAACAUAUCUGCUGCUGCAACUUUAGCAUGCUACAUCACCAAAAGGCCUGUCCGCCUCUGCGUAGAUUUGGCAACAAACAUGAAAAUAACAGGGAGGAGAUUUCCAAUUUUGGCCAAAUAUAAGGCUGGUUUAAGCAGAGAAGGAAAAAUGAAUGUCAUUGACCUUGAUGUAUAUAUAGACAGUGGUUUCCAGCCUGCUUUGCUGACUGCAGAGUUUCCCCACUCACUUGACCAAGGUUACCACAUCCCCAACUGGCGUGUUGUGAACACACUUGUCCGCACCAACAAAGCCACAGCACAAGCUUGUCGAGCUCCUGGGACUGUGCCAGCUUCCCUGGUCAUUGAAAGUAUCCUUGAACAUGCUGCAAAAGAAGUCAGAAUGCACCCAAUUCUUUUCAAAGAAAUACAUUUGUAUGAGAAGGGUCAGACUGACCUACAGGGUAUCCCCCUAACUCACUGCACCAUCAGAGAUUUGUGGCAGAGACUUAAGCAAAUUGCUGAAGUCACUGAGAGGAUGAAACAAACAGAUCAAUUCAAUCAGAACAACAAGUGGCGUAAGCGAGGUAUCACCAUGUCUGCUGUUAAAUACAGCAUUCUUCACUACCCACCUGGUCAAGUAGUCAAUGUUUCUGUGUUUGCUGAUGAUGGGACGGUCACUGUGAUGACCUCAGGAACAGAAAUGGGGCAAGGACUUUAUACAAAGGUCUCCCAAGCUGUUGCCAGGACAUUGAAAGUCCCACUGAAUUACAUCAAAGUUCGACCUCAGCAAAAUAAUACCAUACCUAACCCAGGCUUCACUGGGGGAAGUUCUGGCAGUGAAACAUGUGUCUCUGCAGCCAUCAAUGCUUGCAGAGAACUGAAUGAGAGACUUGAGCCAAUGAGGACUAAGAUGCCAGAUGCUGAUUGGCCAACUUUACUCAAAAUGUGUCAUUUAAGUAAUAUUGAUCUGGCAAGUCGAGCUAAAUCUGACAAAGGAGACAAUAUGUUUCAAUACCACACCUACUGUGCUGGUGUUGUUGAGACUGAGGUUGAUGUCCUGACUGGAGAAUACCAGGUCAAGAGAGUUGACAUAAUGGCUGAUUUUGGGGAGAGUAUCAACCCAACUGUUGACAUUGGUCAAGUAGAGGGAGCUUUUGUCAUGGGCCUUGGUGCAUACUUGUCAGAGGACCUUCAUUUUGACAAGAAAACUGGCCAGGUUCUUAAUGAUGGCACAUGGGAAUACAAACCUCCCACAACAAAAGACAUCCCCAUAGACUGGAGGAUCCACUUCAUGCCUGACACACCCAACCCUGUUGGAGUCCUCAGUUCUAAAGCUGUGGGAGAACCUCCCAUUAGUCUGGCUGUUGGAGCUCUUCUUUCUAUCAAGAGUGGAGUGGAGGCAGUCAGAGAAGAGUUGACUGGUGAAAGAUCUUUUAUCCCUGUUGAGGCCCCAUACACAGCGGAGAAGGUCCAACUUAGUACUGGUAUCAACUUGGAACAUUUGCGAGUCUAGCCGGAAAUUACAGUUUCAUCUCAAAUCUUGGGUUUCAAGAAAUAGCUAAAAAGAUUUUGAAUGUUUGUAAAUAAAGAACUAAAAAAUAUAUUUUGUUUUCAUUAUAGCUUUCAAUUAAUUGGACAGAAAUGUGUCAAAAUUAUCUCCCUUAUUCUAUUUAUAGUGUUAUGUUCACUUAGGAUAAUUAUAUAGGCCUAACUAUAUAUUUCUAGUUUAUAAAAUAUCCUGUUGUUGAAUAUACUAAUCAUAUAUUUUUUUUGGCUGAUUCUACACUAUGGCUAUACUAUUUUCCAUAAUUUUAUUAUAAAAUAUUUUGAUCCCAGUGAGAAAUCUAUUUAUUGUGAAUAUCAAAACAUUUUUCUUAGUGUUUUGAUUAGUAUAUCAUUUUUAUUGUAAACUAUUGUUAAACAACUUUUCAUUUAAACUUUUUUUUUUCAAUUUCAUUUUAAAUGUCUUUUGUGAACAAAAAAAAUCCAUGCUAAAUGUAAUUGAAAAAAAUAUGUAAUGAUCUCCACAUUUAAAAAAUAGAAUUUAAGCCUAAUUUGUAAUUACAGGUGAGACAAAUUGGCAAAAUUAACUUCAAAACUUCAGAGGAAAAAAAUGGUUCAGAUAUUUACUGAUUGCUUCUAUUAAAAAAUAAAUUACAGCUUGAGGUAUUGAGUGCCAAAGAGUGUUUUCAGUCAUUUCUGAUAGUAGCAUUCAGCACUUUUAAUUGUUCAGAAUAGAGAUUUUAUUCAUUUGCACUAAUAAUUUUAUCUGCUUUUUAAGACUUCACUUUUAUUUACUCCAAUGUUGUAAUCUUUACAAUUAAUAAUAAUGAUUAUAAUGUAACUCUCUCUAAAAUAAGUAUGUACAAAGAAAUUGGUGUUUAACUUUCAUACAAUGUCUACUCUCUUAGAUCUAGUUGCACUUCUUCAAUAAACA